AUGUCAGCUCUUCCGGCCUUUGUGCUCGCCGACGAGCUGCUCGCGGUUCGGGAUGCUGAGCACACGGUGGCGGGGGAGCACGACCUCAGCACUGCCCAAAGCGACGAGACCGCCACGCUCUUGACAUCCACAAUCGACGCGCUGAGCAACGCCUCAUCUAUAGAGAAUGAUGACACUUUCUCUCAGCUCCUAUCUUUGGUCAAACACUAUGCCGUCCUUGCUGGCAAUCAGCGCUUGACCCUGCUAGACGGCCUUUCAGCGGCGUACAAUUCAGCCAUCGAUGGUGCUACAGCUUCGCUAUCAGAGGGCACUGAUGCGUACCGCGCAUGGGCAUCUCCGCUUGAGCGACUUGCCUUUGCUAUGCAUUGGGUCAUUCUGACAGCUGAGCGAGCUGCAUCCACCAGGGAGGAACGUGCAGCAGCGCCACCGCCUAAAGGUGCAAGAAGAGGUGGGCGUGGUGGAGCGAAAACAGCGACUACAGCCCGACUUGCAGCCGCAGCAUCUCAACACUCUGGCACAGUCGAUCUGACAGGCUACGACUGGUCCGGCGUCCUUCCAGGCUUGCUCAAUGUUCUUCUGCGAAGCUUGAGGCUGAGCACUGCCCUGCUCUUUCCCGCCACGGCUACGCGAGAUGCCUUUGUGUCGUGCAGCCUGAAACCAGCACUCAUGCUGCAAGAGACCGAGUCGCACCUCAAGAUUGUCGCGGUCAAGACGGGCAUCUUCCGCAUCAUCUGCACUAGCGUCAAGAACCACGCGCAGGCAUUCGCAGUUCAAAGCGGCCUCAUUCAGGCAUUGGCCUACUACGAGCACCUGGCUGAGCCGAGCGCCGAAUUGCUCUUCAUGAUGGCUUCCGAGUAUGACCACGAGCGCCUGGCCGACGAUAUUCUCCGAGAUGUAGGUGCGCGGGAGUUCGGCGGAAUGGACACGAAGAGUCCGCGCUGCUUUGCUCGCUUCUUGAUCAGGCUCACGGAGCUGGCGCCUAGGAUGAUGCUGCGCAAUAUCAGUCUGCUGAUGAAACACCUGGACAGCGAGGUGGGUGACUCACAUUGCUCGGGGCCUGUGCGCGCCGAAGUUGGCUAACACGAUCGGUGUUCUCGCAGUCGUAUCCCAUGCGCAAUUCGCUCAUCGAGAUCCUUGGCCUCAUGAUCAAGGAAUUGACAAUGACAGACGACGCUUUGCCAUCAGGAGACCAAGCUGGCAGAGGCGACGGCAGCUCGCGCGACACUGCGGCUUCUGGCACGGGCGGUAAUGAAGGCAACGCUGAUGCUCAGCGCGGCAGCGCUGAGGCCCGUAAGAAGCAGGUCAAGCACUUUUGGGAGCUCCUCUUUGAGCGCUUUCUCGAUGUCAACUCAUACGUGCGAGUCAAGGCGGUGGCUGUCUGCGUCAAGCUUUGCGAGUGAGUUGAGACCGCUUAGAGGAGCCCAUGUGAACAUGAGAUGUGGCUGACGCAUCGCAACAACUCUACGACUCUAGCCUGCCUGCCAAGUUUCCAUCUCAGAGAACCACACUUACAGACUUGGCUUCACAAGCCCUAUGCGACAAGAGCUCAAGUGUCCGCAAGGGGGCUAUAGCCCUGCUCACUCGACUUGUCCUCACACAUCCUUAUGGCGUUCUUCACGGAGGCGAGCUAGACUACGCGGAAUGGCAAGCGCGCUUGACUGGCGUCGACGCGCAAUUGAAGCAAUUCGAGGCCAAGCUGAACUUGCCUGCCGACAAUGAUGAGGAAGAGGAGGAAGAGGAAGAGCUUGACGAGGAGGAAGCGAUCGAGGAAGAGGCGAGCAUCAUCAUGGCCACUCCUCGAAGGCGUGCCGAGCGGCGAACCAAGAAGCGUCGCUCCUCCACCGGCGGACAGGGAGCACUGGACGUCGCAGCGGCUGGACUUAGCGCUGAAGACGCUCAAAAGGUCAUUACUUUACGACUGACCAGGCGCUACUACGUCGAUGCAUUGCAUUUCAUUAAUCAGCUCAGUGGUGCCAUGCCCUUGCUCAGCCAGCUUCUGGUCAGCAAGUCGAAGGCUGAAGUACUCGAGAGCAUGGAGUUCUUUAGGGUCGCGUAUGAGUACCGCAUUCCAGGCGCGGACGCAGGUGUUCGCAAGAUGGUCCACCUGAUCUGGACCAAAGACAAUACCCUGACCGCUGCAUCAGCCUUGGGCGAAGACGGCGACGGCAGCCAGCUCAAGGGUAUUCGCAGCCGUCUGCUGGAAGUGUACCGCGCGCUGUACUUCGAUCCAGUGCCCGAUCUGUCAGGAAGAGACAAUGUGGCACGCAUUGCGCGCAACAUGGUGGAGCGCACCUUCAACGCCACCCUCGCUGAGCUCACGAGUUUGGAAGAGCUCCUCCGCACAAUGUGUGCUGAAGACAUGGUCCAUCCGGAGGUUGUCGCCAAGCUUUGGGGCGUGUACAGUGCUCCCCGAGCCAUGCCUCGUGCACAGAGACGCGGUGCGAUCAUUGUGCUUUCGAUGCUGGCUGUCGCCCAUCGCGAGAUCGUGGCCGACCAUGUCGAUGCGAUGCUGAGCGUUGGCCUAGGACCCUUGGGCUCUAAAGACAUCAUUCUAGCCAAGUACACCUGCGUAGCACUCAGUCGUGUUGGAGGAAGCAUCAAGAAGAUCAAAGGUGCUCUGUCUGAUGAGCAGGUCCGCUUUCCGAUGAGCCAUCCCAUGUUUGCCAAGCUUCGCGCUGCUGUCAUGUGGCAGGCUCCGCCCAGCAAUGUCGCUGUGACUGCUGCUGUCGACAAGGGCGAGUGGUUCAGCUUGGCAGAGAAUGCGAUUCAGACGAUCUAUCUGUUGGGCGAACAGCCGGAUGCACUUUGCUCAGAGAUCAUUCGAAGCAUGACGCUUAGGGUGUUUGGACCUCAUGGACCUGCCUUGAAACAAGCUGGAGAUGACGCUUCCGACGAUGGCACAAUUUUGGACACGGGCUCAGACGCAGAUGAUGUGACCGUACGCGAAGGCACGCCGAAACCGGACAAUCAGACGGCCAAACAGUCCAAAGGAUCUCUGGCACCUGCUUUCUCGCUAGCACAGCUUCUGUUCAUUGUUGGUCACGUGGCGCUCAAGCAAAUCGUCUACAUCGAGCUCAUCGAGCGAGAGUACAAGCGCCGCAAGGCGGAGGCAGACAAGGCCAAGCUGGCGGCUCGCGAUGCAAACGCGGGCGAGGAUGAAACAGCUGGGGGCAAAGCUAAGAAUGGCCGUUCCAAGAAAGGAGACAAGGCGGAUGCGCCUAGCUCCGAUGCGCCGACUACCGAUGAAUUGGACCAGGUUGCUGGCAACGCCGAAGACGAGAUCGGGGACGUCGUCGGAGAAGUCAGAGAAAAGGAGCUCCUCUUUGGCCACAAUAGUCUGCUGGCUUUGUUCGGACCUGUGUGCGGUCAAAUCUGCAGCGCGCCAAAGGCUUACCCGGUGAGUGCCGUGAGUGGAUCUCACCUUAUCUCCCGCAAUGCUGACGAGUGCAUGGGUCCGUCAGAACGAGUACCUGCGAAAAGCGGCCGUCAUGUCUAUGUGCAAGUUCAUGUGUGUCUCUUCCGAGUACUGCGAGGCGCAUCUGCCUCUGCUCCUGUCCAUCGUCGCCAGCUCCACCGAUGCAGUCGUGAGGUCCAACGUCGUCAUUGCUCUGGGGGACAUUGCCAUCUCUUUUGGGCACCUGGUAGACGAAAAUUCUGAGCGCUUGUACGCAGGCUUGUCCGACCGAGAUCUUGGCGUGAAGAAGCACACCCUCAUGGUCCUCACCCAUCUGAUUUUGAACGGAAUGAUCAAGGUCAAGGGUCAGCUCGGCGAGAUGGCCAAAUGCAUCGAGGACCCAGAGGAGCGUGUCUCAGACCUUGCAAAGCUUUUCUUCUCCGAGCUGGCUACCAAGGAGAAUGCGGUCUACAACAAUUUGCCAGACAUCAUCAGUCACCUUUCGAUUGGUGCUCACGCCGUAGAUGAAGACAAAUUUGCCCGCAUCAUGGGCUACAUCUUCCAAUUCAUCGACAAGGAGAAGCAGGCCGAGAAUGUCGUUGAAAAAUUGUGUCAGAGGUCAGUGAUGCGGCUGCACUCGAUCUCCACGACGAAAGACUGACGCGUUGCUCUCUACGAUCCAUGCAGGUUCCGAUUGACUACCGAGCCGCGGCAGUGGAGAGACGUAGCCUACUGCUUGUCCCUGCUUCCUUUCAAAAGCGACAGGUCCGUCAAACGCCUCAUCGAAGGCCUGCCCUUUUGUGAGUCGAGAAGCGCGGAGCGAAGCAUACGAGUAGCAGCCAAAUUUCUGAGACCUGUCCACUUCGGUCGCAGACCAAGACAAGCUGCACGAUGUCGGCGUGUACAACUCUUUCCAAGCCAUCGUGCAAUCCAUCAAAGGCCGAGGCCGCGUGCCAGGUGCUGCAGCUGCCAUGUCAGGCUCUGAAGGGGAUCUGGCGGAAUUCGAAGCAGUAAGUUUUCCUAAGCAUUGAUAAGUAUUGCUUCCGAUGAUUGCUCAUGAACCACGACGGCUUCUCCGCCUCACAGAUACUUGAGCAAUACAAAGCCAAGGCAGAAGAAGAGACUGCACUCGCUGCUGCAGCCGCCAGGAAGAAGAGCCGCAAGAAGGGUGAGAAUGCUUUCAAGAAGCCCACGAUGCCGAAGAAUGCAGCUGCUCUCGCUACUCACAGGUCACGGAAGCGUGGCAACUCCAACGACGACGACCAAGAUGAUCAGGACGAGGAUGAUGAGAACGUGACUCCUACGAAAUCUGCCAAGGCACCACAGCGGCAGACCAGGCCAACACGUGGCCGGGCUCGAAAAGUCGUCGCUGAAAGCGAUGACGAGGAGGAGGACGAUGCGAACGACAGUGACUACUGA